AAUGCAUUGUCAUUUGCUCCGGAAUCAUUUCAUAGUUCGUUUCAUAACGUGAAAUUACCAUCGUGAGUUUGACCCUUCGGUUACUUUAAAAUUAUUACGACUGUAACUCUUGCAUCUCAAACAGUAUAUGUUUACUCGUUGUUCGGUAUUAGAGCAAGUAAUCAUCAUCGCCAGAUUUGUAAGCUUGUCAUUUAUUAAAUUUUAUUGUUAAUCGUCGUAUUAGUGUAUUCUCAAUUUAACGAUUUUGCAAACGUGACGUGUGUGCAUUUCGGAGUUUACGAACUAAAAAACUGUGAGGAAGUCUCAACCGUUCCUUUUCAGGAGUUGUAAAAACUCACAGCGUCAAGGACAAGUGCCAACUUGUCAAUUUAUAUUUGUUUCUGCCCUCUGAACAGAGGUAAUUUUUAUUGAUUCGGAUUAAUUAUGGGAAGCGCGGAUACAAUACCAGUUGCUAAAAAAUGUGUAAAUGAAAAUGAUAUUAAUGAAGAGUACGGACAAAACUUAAAAUUGCUCCCAUGUAAUGAUCAAGUCAAGGAGUUACAAACAAUUUUACGUGAUAAAAAUACUUCAAGAAGUGACUUUAAAUUCUACGCAGACAGAUUGAUAAGGUUAGUAAUCGAAGAAAGUUUAAAUCAGUUACCUUUCUCAAAAUGCGUAAUUACCACACCAACUGGUGCAAAAUACAAAGGACUUAAGUACCAAAAAGGAAAUUGUGGCGUUUCUAUAGUGAGAAGUGGUGAAGCAAUGGAGCAGGGUCUUCGAGAUUGUUGCCGCAGUAUAAGGAUUGGUAAAAUAUUAGUUGAAAGUGACAUGGAUACACAUGAAGCUAGAGUAGUGUACGCCAAAUUUCCGGACGAUAUUUCUGAUAGAAAAGUUUUGCUAAUGUACCCUAUAAUGAGUACUGGUAAUACUGUAAUUAAAGCCAUAGCUGUCUUAAAAGAACACAAUGUGAAAGAAGACAACAUAAUACUUUCUAAUUUAUUUUGCACACCUUUUGCAGCAAAAAGUCUGGUUACUGCAUUUCCACAGAUGAAGAUACUUACAUCAGAAAUUCACUACAUAGCGCCAAAUCAUUUCGGACAAAAGUAUUUUGGUACAGAUUAAUUUAAAUUAGUAUAAAAUAUAUUAUUAAGAAAAAAAGAACAGACUAUCGUAAGUGAAUCUUCUAAGAACAUGAAAAAAAGCCUUGAAAAACGUGAAAUAAAAAAGAAAAUAAUUUUACAAAA